UGUCCUUGUCUUUUUAUUCGCUCUCUCUCUCUAAGUCUCGCUUUGAUCGAAGCGCUCUCUCCCUCUCUCUCUAAGAGCAUUUGGAUCCCCUCCCUCCUCCUUUCCGACGAUGCCCCCUCGCCGGAGAUCGCCUCCACCGUCGCCUUCGUUGCGGCCGGCGCCGGCGCCUAGGGUUUCCGUGGCCUAGGGUUUCGAUCGAAUCCGAGUUCUAGAGGUAGUAGUCGAUUAUCCCCCCUCCUUCAAUCCGAGUUCGGAGACUGCUAGGGUUUGUAGGGCGCGGCGAUGAAGCGGGCGAAGAGCGUGGACUCGCUCGCGGGGCGGCGGUGGCGCCCGUCCCACGCCCUCGGCGGCGCCGCCGCGCUCUACCUCGUCUUCAUCUUCUUCCGCUUCCGCCACUUCCUCGAGAUCGCCGCCGAGUACGGCGGCGACCGGAGCUUCGCCGGCGUCGACCGCCACCUCCGCUCCUCCGCCAAGGGCGGGCGCAUCCUCGGCUCCGUGUACCAUGCCGACAUGCUGCAGCGGAAGCUCGAGGAUAGCCGUAGCAGCGAGAGGCCUCAGUUGCCACUCUCGGAGCCCUCGCCCCCUCUCCGCCGCCGCCCGGUGAAGCACCUCGAGUACGGCCGGAUCACCGGCGAGAUCCUGCAGCGCUUUGCCGCAACCCGCCGGAACCCUAACUGGUCGCGGAGCGGCAACUUCUCGGAGCUGGAGAGGGUGGCGGCGGAGGCGUGGGCGCUGGGCCAGAAGGCGACGGCGGCGGCGACGAGCCGAACCGCGCUCAGCCGCAACCAGGAGCCGUGCCCCUCCGCCGUCUCCGUCGGCCUCCGCGAGGCAGCGCCUGGCAACAGUGGUGAGCGGCUCGUGCUCCUCCCCUGCGGAUUGGCGGUGGGAUCGUCGAUCACUGUUGUGGGAACGCCGCACCUCGCGCACGAGGAGCAUGUGCCGCAGCUGAGGAAGGGAGUGAUGGUGUCGCAGUUCAUGGUGGAGCUCAGGGGACUUAAGGCGGUGGACGGCGAGGAUCCGCCGAAGAUCUUGCACUUAAACCCUAGAUUGAAGGGGGAUUGGAGUGAGAAGCCCAUUCUAGAGCAUAAUACGUGCUACCGGAUGCAGUGGGGGAAAGCUAUGCGCUGCGAUGGGUUGCUGUCCGGUGACAAUGACGAAACGGUUGAUGGAUUCAGAAAAUGUGAAAAAUGGGAACGCAGUGAUACUGUCGAUGCAAAGGAAUCAAAAACAUCUUCUUGGUUGAAGAGGUUCAUAGGGCGUGCAAAGAAGCCGGAAAUGAGGUGGCCAUUUCCAUUCAUAGAGGGCAGAUUGUUCGUUCUCACUCUCCAAGCUGGUGUGGAAGGAUAUCAUGUUUAUGUAGGGGGCCGACAUGUGUCUUCAUUCCCGUACCGGAUGGGAUUCACUCUUGAAGAUGCAACUGGUUUAGCAAUUAAGGGAGAUGUGGACAUACAUUCAGUUCAUGCUACCUCUCUUCCUAAUUCUCACCCUAGCUUUUCACUUCAGCAAGUGUUGGAAAUGUCUGAUAAGUGGAAGGCCCGCCCUAUUCCAGAAGAACCUGUUCAGCUUUUCAUUGGCAUUCUCUCUGCUACAAAUCAUUUUGCUGAGCGAAUGGCUAUUAGGAAAACCUGGAUGCAGUAUCCUGCCUUUCAGUUAGGAGAUGUAGUUGCCCGUUUCUUUGUUGCCCUGAGUCCAAGGAAGGAGGUGAAUGCCGCGAUGAAAAAAGAAGCAGAAUAUUUUAAAGACAUUGUGAUUCUUCCUUUCAUGGAUCGUUACGAGCUGGUAGUUCUUAAAACAACAGCCAUUUGUGAAUAUGGGGUUCAAAAUUUAACAGCAGAUUACAUCAUGAAAUGUGAUGAUGAUACUUUCGUUAGGGUUGAUGUAAUAUUGAAAGAAAUCAAUGGAAUUGCUCGAAAUAGACCUCUUUAUAUGGGUAAUCUAAAUCUUCUACAUAGGCCUCUCCGAAAUGGAAAAUGGGCGGUCACUUAUGAGGAAUGGCCAGAAGAGGUAUAUCCCCCAUAUGCUAACGGCCCCGGCUAUGUUAUCUCAAGUGAUAUUGCAAAAUAUAUCGUAUCUCAACAUGCCAAUCAAACCCUAAGACUUUUCAAGAUGGAGGAUGUGAGCAUGGGGAUGUGGGUCGAGGAGUUCAACACGACCACCGCUGUUCAAUACUCCCACAAUUGGAAGUUCUGCCAAUACGGCUGCUUGGAGAAUUACUUCACUGCACACUACCAAUCUCCUCGGCAAAUGCUUUGCUUGUGGGACAAACUAUCGAGGGGCCGGGCACAAUGCUGUAGCUUCAGAUAACACCAGAAAGUGCUUUGGGUGCCAUUUUCAGGCCCCAUUAGGUUACUCCUAACUUCUUUGAACUGGAUAAAGAUCUGCAUUUCUUUCUCCGACGAGCCUCCAUCGCGGCACCUUGUAUUAGUAAAGUAAUGUAUAUCUCCUUCAAAUCUUUUCCUUUUUUUUCCUCUCUAUUUUUUACUUUUUUCCCUCCUAUUCUUGACGGUCAUAUUCAAUAACUUUGUUGCACUCCACAUUCAAUUGAGGUUAUAUUAGCAUGGCUAUUAAGCUUCCUUUCCUUUCCUAUGUUCCCAACUUUACAAAGUAGUUUACAAUAGAAAAGAAGUGAAAUAUGUUUAAAUU